GAACCUGCCAGAUGGGCUGUGCGUCUCCAACGCCAGCACAGCCUUAGGGGUUCGGGGGUGGGCGGGGGGAGAAAUAAUUGUGUCAAGUGUGGAGGGCUGCAGCUUGACCACUUCCUGCACGAGACCCUCGUCGCCAUUCCAGAACGCGACCCCGUCCCUCCCCCUUCCCGGAGCGUGACUCUCCCCCCUCCCCGCUCCCCGCCAUCCGCGAGGCCUGUGGCGACUGGGUCCGUUGGGGCAGAACCAUGGAGGAAAAGCCUUUCAAAGCAUUGGCCAAGAAUGACUCAGUCAAGUUAAGCUCGAAGAGUGACAUCCGGAAUCUGUGGACCAAGGCCACGCUGUCGCAGCCCAAGCUGAAUGGGCUGACAAACGUCUAUGAGGACUCUGACCAGGAGGACAGCAGCUCCAGGAGCAAGUCUGGCCAGUGGUACAGACGGAAGACCGACCCUGGGAGAGCCUCGGGAAAAUGGGAUGACAGAAAUAAAGGCAGCAUCACGCAGGGGGAACUCGAUGGCCACACCUUGGAGCAGAGCCCCAACAGCUUCCAGAGAAACCAUGUAGAAGGGGUCCAGGAUUCCGGGGAAUUGGAUUCCUCGGUGUCAUCACUCAAUAUCAUGAAGCACACGCACCACCGAGCCUACUGGGAGGAACAGCAGGACAGGCUGCCACUGCCCCUGAUGGAUCUCAUGGAGAAUGAAGCUCUGGAAAUCCUCACCAAAGCCCUCCAGGGGGGGAUGAGUCUCUGUGCGGCCUCGGCCCCUUCCCUGAUUGAUGUGAAGAGCCUUUGGACAGUAGAUGGUUUGGGUAAACCUCCCUUGGUUUGUCCCGUUUAUGGAAUGAGGGGUAGGGACUGGCUAAUGGCUAACGGUGAGUGCUCCAGAAGGUGUCCAAAAAGCUGCCGCUGUCCAAGAUCAGGCCGGCAACAUUUUCUUUACUCUUGCUCUCAUUCAUCCUCCACCUCCAUAUCCAGUCCUGCUCCGCAUCCCCCACCUAUUUGGAGCACAGGACUGGCAACAAAACCGCCAGGGCCCAGCGCCUCGGAGAUCCAAAGUUCCCCAAACUGACACAGCCCGGAGCCCUGAGAGCUCCUGUCAACACAAGUCACCCGUCUUGCCUCCAGCCACACAGGUGGCACCUGCUGCCGGGGGAGGUAACGCCCCUCUAACUGCCCUGAGCGGAGCUCUCUCCUCCAGGCUACAGCGCGGCCAUCGGCAAGGAUCACAUUCUGACCAAUCAGCUGCAGCGAAAAAUCGAGGCUAUCCAGAAGCGGAGCAGG